UCCGUGUCUCUAUAUAAAGACCAUUCCUUGAUCAGAGGAGGCUUAAUCACGACUGUGAAUCAAAGGACGAAUCAAGAUGAAGUUUAACGCUAUUUUAUUGUUAGCACUCCUUUGUAUGAGUUUAUAUCUAUUUGAGUAUUCAGUGGCUCAAGUUAUGCCAUAUCCUGGCGAUUGUACUAAAUAUCAACAAUGCGAUGCUAGUGGCUGUUUUGUAUUAAGUUGUGGUGCUGGCACCGAAUUUAAUCCUGCGAUUGGAACGUGCGAUUAUCCUUUGCAAAAUCGGGAUGGCUGUAAUAAUCGAGGAUGAUGAAUUUUUUUGGAAAUAAAACACACGUUACAUAUGUAAAUAUGUUAUUAGAGAGAAAUAAAGAUAAAAUAAAUGAGAGCGUAUUAUUAUAGAAUAUAAGAAUUUUUUGCAUAUUAUUGAUACGGCAUCCUUAUGAUUAAUUUUGAAAUUGAUUCAUUAUCUGUAUAUUGAAGUAUUAAAUGCUUAUUAUCAUUUUAAAUCAGCGUAUUCUUUACGUGAUAUGCAUUCUAUUAUUAGCGUUAAUAACAUUUCAUAUAUAUGGAAUGAAACGUUGGGAAAUACCAACAGAAAUCGAAAAAUACGUUUUAAAGAAAAUCCUUUUCCGAUAUACGUAAUCUUAUACAUUAAUCUUCUUGAGAAAUUAAAAAAUACAAUACAUCCACAAUUUCUUUAAGUGAUCAGUCACCAAGUACGUCACGAGAUUUAAAUGUAAAUGCGGAAAAAUAAAUAUCGUUUUGUUU